AGUAGGCGGAGCAGGGCGGUGCGGGGUGGCGUAGCGCUGGAGGGCGAUGGUGGCGGAGCUGCUGGGGGCGGAGGCAACGUAGCCCCCGCGGAAAAGGAGCCCCGCGGCGCCUGAGCCGAGCCGAGGAUGGAGAACCGGCCUGGGUCCUUCCAGUACGUCCCUGUGCAGCUGCAAGGGGGGGCGCCCUGGGGCUUCACCCUUAAGGGAGGUCUGGAACACUGCGAACCGCUCACGGUGUCUAAGAUUGAAGAUGGGGGCAAGGCAGCCUUGUCCCAGAAGAUGAGGACUGGUGAUGAGCUGGUGAAUAUCAAUGGCACUCCAUUGUAUGGCUCCCGCCAAGAGGCCCUCAUCCUCAUCAAAGGCUCCUUCCGGAUCCUCAAGCUGAUUGUCAGGAGGGAUAGGAGGAGUUUCAUAGUUGACACAGUUUUAGAGAAGUCCUGGAAAAGCAAGAGAUGGAGGAAUCAAAGUAAUAUUAUAAAGCAAGGGAGAAACGCCCCUGUCAGUAGGCCGCACUCAUGGCAUGUGGCCAAGCUGCUGGAGGGAUGCCCUGAAGCGGCCACCACCAUGCAUUUCCCUUCUGAAGCCUUCAGCUUGUCCUGGCAUUCCGGCUGCAACACGAGUGACGUGUGUGUGCAGUGGUGCCCACUUUCCCGCCACUGCAGCACUGAGAAAAGCAGCUCCAUUGGCAGCAUGGAGAGCCUGGAGCAACCAGGCCAAGCUACCUAUGAGGGCCACCUCUUGCCCAUUGAUCAGAACAUGUACCCAAACCAGCGUGACUCAGCCUAUAGCUCCUUCUCAGCCAGCUCAAACGCCUCUGACUGCGCCCUUUCCCUCAGGCCAGAGGAGCCGGGCUCAGCAGACUGCCUCACGCAAGGCCCGGGGCCAACUAAAGCCCCUGAUGGCCAGCCCAGUGUGACCGAGACCUCAGGAGGUAGCCGGCGCACCGACGGGGGCCACCUGACUCCCAGCUCCCAGAUGUCAUCCCGCCUGCAGGAGGCCCACCCCUCAGGGCCUGCCAAGGCUGCCGGAGGUCCACCACAGCCUCCAGUGAGGCGAGAUAGUCUCCAGGCCUCCAGAGCCCAGCUCCUCAACGGAGAGCAGCGCAGGGCUUCUGAGCCUGGGCACUCGUCGCAGCAGAAGGAGAAAGUGAGCUUAGACACCGUGCUAUCCCCAAGGAACCCUAACAGGUUCUGCUGCCUCAGCGGGCAAGACCAAGUGACAAACGAGGGCCAUCAGAACUGUGAGCUCAGCCAAGCUCCUGAACCCAGCCAGCAGGACUCUGAGCGUCUACUGAUGGAGGCCUCAGCCAAAGCGGUCGGAUUCCCAAAAGUGUAUGACAAAGCUUCCAGCAGAGAUUCCAGCCCCCUCAACAAGGCUUCAGCCGAGCUAGCUAAGGCUUCUUCUUUUGGCAGCUCUUCACACGUCACAGGACCCACAGGGCACCGCCACAGUGCCCCGGAACAGCUGCUGGCGUCCCACUUACAGCAUGUACACCUUGAUACCAGGGGCAGCAAGGGCAUGGAGCUCCCAGCCGGGCAGGCUGGCCAUGAGUGGACUCUGUCACCUUUGCAUGGCAACCAUGCAGGGAAGAAAAGUCCAUGUGCCCCUACAGGAGGAGCCCAGGACCAGCACAGCAAAGACGGAAAGGCCAGGCAGGUGGAUGAUAGGCCCUUGGGUUCAGGGCAUCCGAGCCCAAGCAGUUCCCCACACACAGAGGCUGACGGACACCCUCCGGAAAAAGGCUUCCAGGACCCGAGCAGAGCGUGCCGAGCAGGCAGUGAACUAGCCAGCCAGCAGCCCUCCUGUGCCUCUGGAUCCCUUGUUCCGCAAGCCAGGGAUUGUUCUUCAACCACUAAAGGAGCUGGUAGCACAGGGGCCACUGAAGAAGGGGACAGCGAACCCAAGGAAUGUGGCCGGGGGGGUGGUAGGCGGAACGGAGGGCCCCGGGGCCGCUCAGUCCAAAACCGGCGGAAGAGUGAGCGUUUUGCUACCAAUCUGCGUAAUGAAAUCCAGAGGAGGAAGGCCCAGCUCCAAAAAAGCAAGAAUCCCUUGCCGCAGCUGUGUGACACUAAGGAGCCAGUGCAGGAGACCGAGGAGCCCCUAGAAAGUACUCCACCUCCUGCCUCCAGCUCAUCUCUUCUGUCCUCAUGUAAAAAACCACCUGGCCCCAGAGACAAGCUCUUCAACAGGAGCAUGAUCCUCAGGGCUCGGUCUUCAGAGUGCCUCAGCCAAGCCCCGGAGAGCCGUGAAUCUAGGAUGGGUUUGGAGGGACAAAUAAGCCCCGGCCGGAGGCCUGGCCAGCCCUCCGUGAGCCUGAACACCUGGUGGAAAGCAUCGGACCCCUCCUCCUCAGACUCUGAGAAGACAAGUGUUCACCGUGGAGUCCGUGGAGGUCACUGGAGGUGGUCUCCAGAGCACAACCUGCAGCCACACGUGACACUAGCCGUGGAAGGCCCUCCUAACCCAGGUGACAGCAAGGAAUUGAAGGCUUCUGCUGCCCAAGCUGGGGAGGAAGCCAUCCUCUUGCCCUUUGCCGACAGAAGAAAGUUCUUUGAAGAGAGUAGCAAAUCCUUAUCUACAUCUCAUUUGCCAGGUUUAACCACUCAUAGCAAUAAGACUUUUACCCAGAGACCAAAACCUAUAGACCCAAACUUCCAGCCGAUGAGCUCCAGCUAUAGGGAAUUGAGGCGCCAUCCGAUGGACCAGUCCUACCAUUCCACAGACCAGCCAUAUCGUGCCCCAGACCAAUCCUAUCAUUCUCUGUCACCCCUUCAGCCAGAAACCCCCACCUACUCAGAAUGUUUUGCAAGCAAAGGUCUAGAACAAUCCAUGUGCUGCAAGCCACUGCGCUGCGGUGAUUUUGAUUACCGCAGGACCUGCUCUUACUCCUGCAGCAUCCAGGGAGCCGUAGUCCAUGACGCUUGCAUUUAUUGUUCUGGGGAACUCUGCCCUGCUCUGCGAAAGAGAAACAUGAUGCCAAACUGCUACAACUGUCGAUGCCACCACCACCCAUGUGUCCGGUGUUCAGCUUGCUGUCAUAAUCCCCCGCACAGUGGCCCCGAGGAUGGUAGCCUGGCGCCUGGCAACACCUGGAAGCCCAGGAAGCCGACAGUGCAGGAAUUUCCUGGGGACAAAUGGAAACCAAUAACAGGAAACAGGAAGACCAGCCAGUCAGGGAGGGAAAUGGCUCAUUCCAAGGCUAGCUUUCCAUGGGCAACCCCGUCCCAUCCUUGCCUUGAGAACCCAGCACUGGACUUGUCAAGCUACCGAGCGAUCUCUUCCCUUGACCUUCUCGGAGACUUCAAGCACUCCUCGAAAACAACAGAGGAAACUUCUGCCUGUGAGGAGGGGAGCUCCGUGGCCUCCGUGCCCCGCCCGCUGCGUAGCCGUGCCUUCUCAGAGAGCCACAUCAGCUUGGAGCUGCAGAGCUCCCGGGCCUGGGGGCAGCAUAGGAGGGAGCCCUUUACCAAAGCUGAUGAGACCCAGCCGGAUCCUCUGGGAGCCCGGAAGAAGGCCUUUCCUCCUCCUCGCCCGCCUCCUCCCAACUGGGAGAAGUACAGGCUCUUCCGUGCAGCCCAGGAGCAGCAGAAGCUGCAGCGAGAGGAGGAGGAAGAAGAGGAAGAAGAAGAGGAGGAAGGGGGAGAGGAGGAGGGGGAGGAGGAGGAGCUCCCACCCCAGUAUUUCAGUUCAGAAACCACUGGUACCGGCACCCUCCAUCCUGAAGAGGUCCUGGAGCACCCACAACCCCUGGGCUUUGGCCACUUGGAGGCUUCGAGGCAGGGCUCACAGAGCCUUCCAGCAGAGCAAGAGUCUUUUGGUCUCCAUCCCAGCGACUUCCUGCCUCCAAUAAGGGGCCACUUGGGAUCUCAGCCUGAGAAGGUUCAGCCCCCUUGCUGUUACGGUCCGGGUGGGCUUUGGAGGACAUCAGAGAAGGAGACCACUGAUCCCCCCAAACCAGAAGCCUCGAUGGCAGAAGAGCCCAAACCCAAGCCAGCGUGGAACCAGAGCUACUUCUUUCCACAGGAGCAGUUCGCUUUCAUGGGCUGGGGCUCUGAGAAGCAGCACCUCAGCCCCACGGGCUUCAGUGAACCGAAGACAACAGGACAAGAAUUUCAGCGCUUCUCGCCUCCUCCGGGGGCCCCAGGGAUCCCUACCUCUUACUCAGCUUAUUACAAUAUUUCUGUGGCCAAAGCAGAACUGUUGAACAAGUUGAAAGACCAACCCGAGAUGGCAGAGAUUGGCCUGGGAGAGGAAGAAGUUGACCACGAACUGGCUCAAAAAAAGAUACAGCUUAUUGAAAGCAUCGGCAGAAAGCUUUCUGUCCUGCGGGAGGCCCAGCGAGGACUGCUAGAGGACAUCGGUGCCAAUUCUGCCCUUGGGGAGGAGGUGGAGGCCAACCUAAAAGCGGUCUGUAAAUCCAACGAGUUUGAAAAAUACCAUUUGUUUAUCGGGGACCUGGACAAAGUGGUCAACCUAUUGCUGUCCCUCUCUGGACGACUGGCCCGGGUGGAGAAUGCUCUCAACAGCAUCGAUUCAGAGGCCAACCAGGAGAAGUUGGUGCUGAUAGAGAAGAAGCAGCAGCUGACAGGGCAGUUGGCAGAUGCCAAGGAGCUGAAGGAGCAUGUGGACCGCCGCGAGAAGCUGGUGUUUGGCAUGGUCUCCCGCUACCUGCCUCAGGACCAGCUCCAAGAUUACCAACACUUUGUGAAGAUGAAAUCUGCUCUCAUCAUCGAACAGCGAGAGUUGGAAGAGAAGAUCAAGCUUGGGGAAGAGCAGCUCAAAUGUCUCAGGGAGAGCCUGCUCCUGGGGCCCAGCAAUUUCUAAUUCCUCCAGCGGAUUGACCCGCCAUCCCUGCCCAGCCACAAUGGGAAGUGCUUUCAAUCUUUGUUAGCAGUUUGUUAGCAAGUAGAUAGCAGUUAGUUAGCUGUUUGUUCCAUAGCCUCUACCUUGGACAUCUCUCACUGCCCCUUACCUAGCACUGUUCCCAACCAGCUAGGAGUCCCUGAGGAGGCCCCAAACUUCUACCUUAGGGAGCAAAAGCAAGAAGUAGGGGGUGCCCGCAGCAAGGUGUGAUUAUACAACCACACUCUCCUUCCCAUGGUUUGCACAGGCAAGCACUCCCCGCACACAGAACCAACGAAGUGCCUGCAUUCCUCUUGGUACAAGGACUCCAAAGACAUCGUGCACUCGCCAUCCACCCAUGCCACAACCAGCCUCUCAAGGCUCAGAGAGAAGCUGCCUGUACAGCUCCAUCCUGCCCAAGGCUCGUGGCCCAGCCAUUGCCCACAGAGAUCUGGCUGUCUUGAGGGCCUCACUCACCAGCAAUUUAAGGGCCUCGCGUAAGCUCAGAAGGAGAAAUUACACGAAACAGAAUGUGAGCAAAGAUUGGGAAUCCCUAGGUGCCCGCCUACCUUCCCCAGCAUCUGGUUGAGGGGGAAGGAGGCCUACUCUCAGCCCUGGCUAGUGUGGCCCUGCUCCCGUCCUAAGAUUUUUGGCCUACCACUUCCUGUCCCUUCCUGCCUUUCAUUGCUGGGGCUUAUAGGUGCCCACCCUAUGGGCUGCACACUAUGGGUCAUUAAUAGCUCUACGAAAGCUGACUUCUGGAUACACAUUUCACUAUUGGGGUGAGGGGUUCUUUGUUGUAUUUUAAAUGGCCUUUUGAUUUUAUUUAUUUUCAUGUUUUGAUUUUUUUUCCCUUUUUUUUAACUAAGAAGGAGAGAAGAGGGGAGUCGGAGAGGGAAAAGUAAUCCCAGAAGGACAGCGUUUUCUGCAGAUCAGCCUGAAUUUCACCAUGGCUAGAUGAGCAAAUGCCAAAGCCUUGAAUUCUUCCCACUGAAGCCUACAAGUGUCUAAAAAAGGAGUUCUCACCUUGAACUCAGCUUACUAUGGCCUGGCCCUAUACUUUCCUUGAAGUCAGGAUACCCAUAAGCUUAGCAUUCCCCAACAGGGUUCAGUUUUUUUCUUACCUAUUUUUUCUUGAAACCAAAGAAAUCUGAAACUGACAAAGGUUCACCCAUUUCUCCACCACCUCCCAUCUAAGAAAUUGGGUAGAAGGGAGCUCAGGAAGAGAUCUUCCAUCUCACAAUUGCUUUCUCCAGCCUGUGGCCUGACUCAGGGAACUGAAAUUCAUGGUAGCUAGAAGCUCCAGCCAGGGCCACCCCCCUCCACCGCCCAGCCCCCCACCCCCCACCCAGAGCAAAUUACGACCCAGCCAUGGUCUUAGGCACACAAGCAACUAAGACUGCUGUUGUUGGCUAAUGCUGCCAAGGUCCUGAUACCACUAGCCAGUUUCUGUCCUGGAAAAUUGGAAAAUCCCUCAGGUGGGCCCCGGCAGGAAAGGAGUUGUGGCCAAACGCUAGCCUAUUAACCAGCUCUGUCCCUGUUCCUCCCUCACUGGUGCCCCCGGUUCAUAUUGCACAGCCCUGCCCAGCAAGCCCUGACAUCUCUUCUAGUUACUGCUGAGUUCCUUGGGGGUCCUUGGAGGUUAACUGUAGCAGCAGGGGUGCCUCACUCAGCUGAAGAAUUUGCCAAAGAACUUUGCUGCAGCUACAAACACUGGUCUCCAGCUUCCGUUUCCUCUUCAUUGUAUUUGGAAACAAUGGAAGAAUCUUGGCCAGCAGGGUGUCCUGAGGGGGGCCCUGGGUAUGCUCUUAGUACACUGCUGCUAUCAGAACCACUGUUAAAAUGUCAACCUGCCAUUCUCCCCCGCAAAGGGAGGAGUCUACUCUAUUCAGGAAGGCUGAUGGCUUGUAAAGGGCUAGGCUGACCCGAGCCGAGGUGGAGGAAGGUGGGGGAGUGCUAUGAAUAGAGGCUGUGGUUGCCAUCUUUUUUUUUUUUUUUUCUUAAACAGGCUCUAGGAUAAAUAAGGAGUAAGUUGAGAUGUCCCGUAUUGGGGGGUGAGGCCAACAUAAUCCAACAUUCUAAGAUUUGGCGGGGGGGGGGGAGGGUGCUUAGAACAGCUUUUUGGGAAACACAGGACCAGGGAAAAGAGUGGUCACUUACCUGGACACGAUGACCAUGGUCUGGGAUUUUCUAGUCAACGUUAGAUUGGUUGUACAUUAAAUUUAUCACACUAAAA